GACAUAUUCGUGUUCAGCAAUGGACAGGAGUAUACCCCUCCACGAAAGUAUCAUCUAUGUAAUGAUGAUCUGCAUUUGUGGGACUCUACGCUUAAUUUCUUAGCGCGGUCUCUAUAUGGUUCAUUGCACUCGGUCAUAGAACUGUACACGAUUGAUGGUGUUAAAAUCCUCGAUCCAACGGAAAUAUCUAGUGGGAGAGCCUAUGUAGCGGUUACCCCGCCAGAUCCGUAUAUAGAUUCAGGAUACAACCACUACCUUAUUAAAGCGAGCAGAUCCUGGGAAAAAAGUCAGAUGAGGAAGUUAAAUAACCGAGCAGAUGAAACUACUGUUGCAAAUGGAGCAGUAAAGACUGAAGCUUUGAAAAGUUUUAAGCCACCACACAUCGCCGUGGACGCUACCGCGGACAAGACAACAGCUCGUCGACCAUCUAUAAAAAAUGGAUUAAACUCUAAACAAAUCGUAAAAUAUAAACCUCUUACUGGUCAAGUAAGCCAACCAGAACACUCUUCAAUCCUCAAAAAAAUUAAUUCUAACUGUCCUCUCACGUCUCCGUCAGUGUCAGCCAAAACGACUCCUAUAAAAAGAAGACAAAUGGCUAACAAGUAUUCUAAAAUUCCAAAAAGGAUAGUUAACAAAAUGGUUACCAUGGAAAAAAAUAAAACCGUGGGCCAAGCGCCUGUGACAAAUAUGGUACCUGAAAUACGGAAGGAAGUAUUUGGUACCAACGUAUUGACAGGAUAUACUUCGUCUAUAAAAACAAGUGCAAAUAAUAUCCCUCAAAGACAACAAUUAGAAGAUCACAAACUUCUUAAUCCUAUCGCAGAAGAUACAGAUGAUAUAAUUAUUUCAAAUUUUUAUAAAAAUACGGAGAGUGAUAUCAUCUCCUCAUUUGUGGACGCUAACUCUGUAAAUCAAGCGGCCGCUGUGGAAAUAAAAGGAAAAUCCACAGACGCAAUCGGUCCUUCUCUUGAUAUACUUAAAAUGGGACUGUCCUUUCAGAAUCCGAACUCAAUUGACGAGACAAAUGGUACAAUUAAUGUAGCACCAGAAGCGACAGCCGAAAUUGCCACUCAAAAGACGAACUUUACAAAGAUGUUUAGCAGUGUCGGGCCACCCACUGUUGCUGAUGGGGCACCACAAACCAUAAAUUUAAAUGAGCACCACAAAGACGGCCAAUUUGUCGCUUCAACGAACAAAAGCGACGUUCUUAAUUUGAACGUAAACAUUGAAAUAAAAAAUCCAGAAGUUGCAACACAGGUGAAACCAAACGUGGAUACUUAUAAUUCUCGAUCACUUACUGACGAAGGAGUCGACUAUAAUGGAACAGUUACGCAAAGUAAAUCGGUACAAUCACUUUUAAAUGAUUAUCUUCCACGUUUGUACUGCCAGGAUGAUCAAAAUUUAGUCUAUGUUCAAUGUGCCUGCGUUGACGAUUCCUUUCGCCCUGACCCAAAAGCUUUGUGUCCAGAAGUCAGAACAUGUUUUGUGUUAUUGCCUGUGUUAACCCGUGCUGGAAGAGAAUGUUGUAAAUGUGAGAAUAAUGAUGGCGUGAAGACAACUAAACCAACUAAAACAUCUACGGAGUUCCAACAACCCAACGUAAACAUUAACAGUUCUGUUAAAGACUCUGUAGUUUUUAUGAAGACGGAACACCAAGAAUCUCGUGCGAAUACAAUACCGGGGGCAUCGCAAACAGAAUUUAUAGUCAAUUGCAUGUCUAAAUGUCAAUUUGAGUUAUGUUCGGAGUGUGGUGGCAAGAAAAUGAAUGUAUCACAAACCUCAACAUCUCGAUCAGAAAAUAAAACUGAAACAUUAUCAUUUCAACGAAAUAAUAAACCAACUCGAGAUGUUUGCGAAAUGAGUGCGCAAACAGACUGGUGUAGUACCAUGUUGGAAGCAAGGGUAAACAGCGACGGUCGCUAUACUUUUCAUUUACCAUCAAUUCAAAACAUAAAGCAAUAUAAUUAUUAA